AUGGCUACCAAACCUUUUCAAUGUCUUUUAUGUAACAAGUCAUAUACGAAUAAAACUUCCUUAGUUACUCAUGAACGAAAAUUUCAUAAUCAAAACAUUAUUGUUCCACAUUAUCAUAUUCUUUUCACUCCUCUUUAUUCUUCUUAUUGCCACUUUCGUGGUUUGUUUAUUGAUACUAUACAAUCCCAGCUUGGAUCACAUCGUGCAACUGAAGGCAAAAAGAAAGUUCAAGUGCAUUGUCAAGUUGGAGUAAAACGAAUUGGUGAACUAUUUCAAUGUUCUAACUGGUGGAUAAAAGCAAAUAAUUUGGGUGGAGAAACUAUAGUCGAUUAUCAGCAACAAGAUCCGAUUACCAAAAAUUUUAUUGACAAAGAAAUAAGCUUUAGUUGGAAACAAAAAUCACGAAAAAUUUUUCAGGAUAGAUAUGAGUUUAUUUAUUUUUAUGGAGUUAUGACAU